AUGGCCGAGUACAGGCUCGUCGUGGUCGGCGGUGGCGGCGUGGGCAAGAGCGCGCUCACCAUCCAGUUCAUCCUCAACCACUUCGUCCAGGAGUAUGAUCCGACUAUCGAGGACUCCUACCGCAAGCAGGUUGUGAUCGACGAUGAGACAUGCCUGCUCGACGUGCUCGACACAGCCGGGCAAGAGGAGUACAGUGCGAUGCGCGACCAGUACAUGCGAACGGGGCAGGGCUUUGCGCUCGUCUACUCGAUCACCUCGCGCGAGUCCUUUGAGGAGCUUCGCGCCUUCCGCAACCAGAUCCUCCGCGUCAAGGACCGAGACCAGGUGCCGAUGGUCCUCGUCGGAAACAAGGUUGACCUCGAGGGCAGCCGGGCGGUCUCGCAGGAGGAGGCGAGGGAGCUCGCCAUCUCCUUCGGGUGCGCGUGGAUGGAGACGUCGGCCAAGUCGCGCGUCCGCGUCGAGGACAGCUUCUUCGCCCUGGUGCGAGCGGUCCGCCAGGACGAGGAGGCGAGCGCCAAACCCUCGCAGCGCAGGAGGAAGGGAAAAGCGAAGUGCGCCAUCAUGUAA